GGCAAACCUCGAAAAUCGUCUUCAAGAGACUGGAAAAGUCGAAUCUAUGUCGCAUCGAAUAGUAGAAACGCCGUUUAUAAAUGACCGUGCUUUUGGAGAGUUUAUGAUUGAAAUUUCGUUACUUUUUUACAGAAAUAUUAGAAAUGAUUUUGCCCUUUUAUGA